UCUACACCGCAGGCGGGGUCUCUCAUAAAGCAUACACAAUUGUACCACACAACGACACACGUUUUACGUUAGUUGGCAUGCCGCCGACUGAGCAACAACAGCAGCAGGCUGGCGCUGCCGCGGGGACAGGCCCAGCCGCGAGCGGCUUCAAUCCAGCCAAGGUGGACGCAAAGGUCUAUUUGGCCAAUGAGCGCACGCUGCUGACGUGGAUGCGGCAGGCGGUGCUGCUGGGCGGUCUGGGCGCCGCCGCCUGCGGCUUCGCCAGCUACCACCACCUCCGCGGCAGCGACGGCGGCGGUCACGGUGGGAGCCACGGUGGCCACGGCGGGAGCCACGGCGGCGGCAGUGCUGCUGCUGCUUGCAGUCAGCGCGACUUCGACUCGACGCAGGCUGUGGAAACAGGCGGCAGCGGAGGACACGGGGUCGGCGCCGCGGCCGCCUGCAGCAGCUUAGCGGCUGCUGGCAAGGUGCUGGUGAUGGAGGUGGUGGGGGCGGCGGCGCGUGUGUCGCCGCAGGAGCUGCUUUCGCGGCUGGGCGGCAUGGCGCUGAUGCUGCUGGGGGCGGGCGUGGCGGCGGCCGCCUGCCGCAACUACUACCUGCGGGUGGACAUGAUCCGGAGCGGCGUGGGCUCCGACAGUUCACGCUGGGACAGCAAGGUCCUGCCGCGUCUGCUCACGGGCUGCCUGGCCGCGGUCAUGCUGGCGGUGUUCGCGGGAUCGCUACAGGCAGCGAUGUCGCGCUGAAGACGAUGGAAACGCCUCGUCAGAACGAAUGGCUGAGUUGGAGAUGGGGUGGAGGGAGGGGGCAACAACGCUCGAGUAGGCCAGUGUUGUUGGUGAGGGAGAGGGCCAUCCGCUCAUGCGGCGACGAUGGGAGCUCAGGUCGAUGUACU